AUGAUGAGUGUGGGAAGUCCUUCAUCCAGAGCUCAUCACUUAACUAAACAUAAAAGAAUACACACUGGAGAGAAACCCUCUGAGUGCAAAGUUAUAAUGUGUAAUGCAUGUGAGAGAGCCUUCAGCCAGAGUUCACAUCUUACCAUACAUCAAGUAACCCACACCAGAGAGAAGCUUUAUGAAUGUGGGAAAGCCUUUAGCCAGAGUGCAGAUCUUGCCAAACAUCAGAAAACUCAUACUGGAGAGGGACUCUGUACAUGUAGCCAGUGUGGGAAAGCCUUCAGCCAGAGUUCACACCUUACCACACAUCAGACAAUACAUACUGGAGAGAAACCCUAUGAUUGUGGAUUACAGGGGUCGAAUCUAGCCACGCCCCUGCCCCUGAAUCAGAGCUGCCGCAGUCUUGCUGGGAAAUGUACUCCUUGGAGGGAGAACGGGUUCAAGGGACGGCUAGAGGCGCGCAAGCGUAGUUCUGGGACGGGGGAACACUGUCGGUGCUCCCCGCUGCGAGCUGUCUGGGGUUCCCCUAGCUCGGGACAAGUGGGUCAAGCCUCGCAGAGUCUGAAGCUCCGCUGGGGUGAAAGUGGGAAAACCUUCAGAGAGUACACUACUCUCAUUCAACAUCAAACAAGUCAUACUGGAGAACGACCCUAUAUAUGUAAUGAAUGUGAAAAGAGAUUUAACCAGAGUUCCCAUUUAACAAACCAUGAGAAGACUCAUACUGGAGAAAAGCCCUACAAAUGCAAUGAAUGUAGGAAGGCCUUCAGUUAUUGCUCAGUCCUUAUUCAACAUCAGAGAAUUCAUAGUGGGGAAAGACCUUACGAGUGUACUGAAUGUGGCAAGACAUUCAGUCGUAGUACAUAGCUUACUCAGCAUCAAAGAAUUCAUACUAGUGAGAAACCAUAUAAAUGUCUUGAACGUGGACAGGCUUUUAGCCACAGCACACAUCUUACUCUACAACAAAGAAUUCAUACUGGAGAGAAACCUUAUGAAUGCAACGAAUGUGGUAAAACCUUUAGUCAGAGUGCACAUCUUACUCAACAUCAAAGAAUUCAUAUAGGAGAAAAGCCUUAUGAAUGUAACGAUGGGAAAGCCUUCAGUGAUCACUCAGCUCUUACUCGACAUCAUAUUGUCCAUAUUGGAGAGAAACUUUUUGAAUGUAAUGACUGUGGGAAAGCUUUCAGUUACUGUUCAGACCUCAUUCAACAUCAGAGAAUGCAUACUGGAGAGAAACCAUACAAAUGCAAUGAAUGUGAGAAUGCCUUUAAUGGUUGUUCAGCCCUUAUUCAGCAUCAAAGGACUCACACUGGAGAGAAGCCUUAUGAGUAUAAUGAAUGUGGGAAAACCUUAGGUAACUACUCAGCUUUUAUUUGACAUCAAACAACUCAUACUGGAGAGAAGCCAUAUGAAUGUAAGGAAUGUGGGAAAGCCUUCAGCAGAAGUAUGUACCUUACUCAACAUCAGAGAAGUCAUAGAGGAGAGAAACCAUAUAAAUGUAAUGAAUGUGGGAAAACUUUUACCCAGAGUUCAUUCCUUACACAACUGAGGGUUCAUACUGGAGAAAAACCUUACAAAUGUAAUGAAUGUGGGAAAGCUUUUAGUGACUGCUCAGGGCAUAUUCAGCAUCAGAGAACCCACACUGGAGAGAAGUGCUAUGAGUGUAACGAUUGUGGGAAAGCUUUCAGUUUCUGUUCAGCCCUUAUUCAGCACAAGAGAAUUCAUACUGGAGAGAAGCUCUUUAAAUGCAAUGACUGUGGAAAAGCCUUCAGUGAUUGGUCAGCACUUAUUCAAUAUCAGAGAACUCACACUGGAGAGAAACCUUAUAAAUGUAAUGUAUGUGGAAAAGCCUUCAGUCAGAGUACAAACCUCACAAAUCACCAGAAAACUGAUACCAUUGAAAAAUCUUAUAAAUGCAAUGAAUGUGGAAAAGCCAUUAGUUACUGUUCAGGCCUUAUUCAACAUCAGAUCAUUCAUACUGCAGUGAAACCUUAUGAAUGCAAUAAAUGUGGCAAAGCCUUCAGCCAGAAGACAGACCUUAAAAAACAUCAGAAAACUCAUACUAAAGAAAAACUCUACAAAUGUAAUGAAUGUGGGAAAGCCUUUAGCCAGAACACUUAUCUUACAAAACACCAGAAUAUUCAUAGUGGAGAGAAGGCAAAUAUACAUACUGAAUAUAGGAAAACCUUUAGACAAAACUCUUCUUUUGUUCAACAUGAAAAGCUUCACACUGGAGAGAAAUCCUCUGAAUGCCUUGGGAACUUGGCUAGCAAAGAAAAACCUCUUGAGAUUUUGGACAGUUUCUUCUCAAGCGAGGGUUUCCUCAAGGCUCUGCCCCGCCGGCUCCUCCUCGGUUCCCCCUGCAGCUCCUCCUGUGAGCCCAGACAAGCGUCUGAAGAAGCGAGUUCAGAGACUGAAUAUUUGGCGGAUUGGAAACGGGCAGACUUGGAGGCGCUCCUGGAACCCUGUGGUUCUCAGGGGGACCGAAAAGAGGCCGAGUUGGAAAAUUGCAGACCCGAAGGUGAUGACCCGAGGUCAUCUGGUUGCGGAAGAGCUGACCUACGUGCCUCGAGAGAGAGGGGCGACGAAAACCAUCAGAAAGAAAGGAAAUCGAAAAAAAUGUUCAGCGCAGAAACGGUCCACGCGCCCGGGUCUCCGGUCCCGCGCUCCCGCCAGCGCCCCGCCCCCCGCCCCCAACCUCCACCGACUCACCCUGAGGGGCUCGGACUGCCCUCCCUACUCCGACGCCGGGGGCGGGCGGGCGGAAGGAUCGGUGACGAGGCCGAGAGCAGGAGUCUGGAGACACGGCGCCUGCUCGACUCUAACUCUGGGACUCCGGCCGCGCGCUUCCUCUCCAAUCCCUGUCCUCGUGCCGCGCGCUGCAACCCGGAAAGGAGAGGAGAGAGGCCAGAGCGGCCAGCUUAG